UUCGCGGACAUGAUUGUGUAUGCAAAACAAAGAAGAAGAAGUAAAAAAAAAAACACCAUCCUUUAGCAUUUCGCUUAUCCUUCCCGGUUAGCAGAAACAUUGCCGUUGUGUUUUGUGUGAGGUUUGGUGAAGAUGCCAGUGGCGGUCAUGUUGGGAGAACAUUACGAGAAGCUUCUGGAACAAUGUGAAACUCAGGAGCUGGAGGCUCCAGGUGGCAUCGCAACUCCUCAAGUCUAUUCCCAGUUACUGGCCCUCUACCUGCUGCACAAUGAUAUGAACAAUGCAAGGUAUCUCUGGAAGCGGAUUCCACAAGCAAUUAAAACGGCAAACCCAGAACUGGCAGCUAUAUGGACAGUAGGACAGUGUAUCUGGCAGCGAGAGUUCCCGGGCAUCUACAGUGCGAUUGCUGCCCAUCAGUGGUCAGAACAAAUUCUUCCUGUAAUGGAGUCUCUAAGAGAGUCGACCCGCAGGAGGGCAUAUGGCCUUGUAGCCCAGGCAUACACCUCAAUCAGUGCAGAGGACUUUGCUUCUUUUGUGGGAUAUUCUGUGGACGAAGCAGUAAAGGGUGUAAUCAGUCACGGAUGGCAGGCAGAUCCCAACGCCCGGAUGAUAUUACCACAGAAACCAGAUCCUCCCCCUGUCUCUCUGGUUCCAAACGAGCAGCAGCUGGCCAGACUCACUGACUACGUGGCUUUCCUUGAGAACUGAUCCCCCUACCCUUAACCACCCCCUUUUCCAUCUUCUCAGCUAAACCGUGUGAUUUCAAAGGUCUUAAGUAUGUUCUUCCUGUUUUUGACUGAGAGUGACUUACAGGACUCUCCCAGAUGCUAAUCUUUCACUAUGCAUGUGUUUGUUGAAGAUGGAUUUGCUUUUGCAGUUGCACAAUGAAGAGUUCUCUCAUUCUAUUAUGUACACAGGGAGCAAAAACUCUACAUGUUUUUACUUAAUACUGAAAGUUCAUUAUAAAGGAUGAUGAGAGUGAACAGUUGGAAAAGCCAAACCAUGCGGGUGAAAUAUGUCAUACAUGCAACCUUAGAAUAUUAACACUGAAGCUAAAGCUGUUCAGUGCUGUAUUGAAAUAAGGUUUAAUGUUUGGCCAGAAUUCAUAGAACACUUCAGAAUACUUUUUUUUUUAUGUUACAUGUAUGCGAUUGUCAUGUUUCUUGUUUAUCUCUGUUGAUAGUUUUUUUUCCCAGUGGGAAAAAGCACAUAAACAUGAAGAUAAAAUGAACCGUUGAUGUAUACUUACUGUAGAAUGAAAAUUGUACUACAUCAGGCUGUUGGAUUGUAUUGCUCUUUUCUGAAGGGGGCUGGAGGUGGCUUGGACAUCUGGCUUUGGCAGGCAUAGGCUAUUACCACGCAAAAUCUAGAUCUGUUUUCAUGUGAUAGCAAAUGCAUUUAUAUUGUUGAAGUGUAUUAUUUGCAGUUUCAACUAAAGCAAAUAAUAAAUUAAUUAAUUUCACUCA